AGACAGUGUUGAAGUUUCCAGAGACCUGUUCGGCUGAAGUUCGUGUUCAAGGCUGAGGACCUAAACCGCUUGCCAAAAUGUGUAAGGGACUGGCAGCGCUGCCGCACUCAUGCCUGGAAAGGGCCAAGGAGAUCAAGAUCAAGUUGGGAAUUCUCCUCCAGAAGCCAGACUCUGCUGUUGACCUUGUCAUUCCAUAUAAUGAGAAGCCGGAGAAGCCAGCCAAGACCCACAAGCCCUCUCUGGACGAGGCUCUGCAGUGGCGCCAUUCCCUGGACAAGCUUCUCCACAACAACUAUGGACUUGCCAGCUUCAAAGGUUUCCUGAGAUCUGAGUUCAGCGAGGAAAACCUUGAGUUCUGGGUUGCCUGUGAGGAUUACAAGAAGAUAAAGUCCCCAGUCAAAAUGGCGGAGAAGGCCAAGCAAAUUUAUGAAGAAUUCAUCCAGACAGAGGCCCCUAAAGAGGUGAACAUCGAUCAUUUCACUAAAGACAUCACCAUGAAGAACCUGGUGGAACCUUCCCCGAGCAGUUUUGACUUAGCCCAGAAAAGAAUCUACGCCCUGAUGGAGAAGGAUUCGCUGCCCCGCUUUGUGCGCUCCAAGUUCUAUAAGGAGCUAAUCAAGUAGUCAGCUGGUCAAUUGUCAGAUUAUCAGGCUUCAAAAAUCACCCUGUGAGUUGACUUCUAUCCUCUGUAGUAACACAGCAUUCCCCAAGCACCUGCACAUUUUCCCAUAGCAGCUUUGCUUCAAGAUACCCAAAAAAGGCAACCCCUAGACUGUUGCUAAUUCUUUUGCUCAUGUUGGUUCGGAUGUGGAUUUGUGGUCUAAGGGCCUUUGCUUCCGUCUCUUCCUUCCGACUGCUUUGUAAUGAAGGUCUGUUCACCAAGUUUCUGUCAGCCCAAGUCACAGAAGAAUAUACUGCUUUCAUAAAGCCAUCUGUGAAAAAAAAAUAGGUGUUAGAUUGCUCUUUGAACCAGGCUGAAAAAGAAAAACAGAUGCCAGGGUCCCCUUUCAAGGGCAUCUGACUGGUCUUGUUUAUUGUUUUAAUUCUCAUCCUCUAACGAUUUCUGACUUCAGUUAGUAAAAAGCAGGAAGCUGUUUAAAAGGCAGCCAUCAUUCGAUUUUUAAGCAAGUACCUUGUUUCCCAUACUGGCCUCUCGUUCCUCGUGUUCCUUUAUACAUUCUAAAGAGGAGCUAUGACGCAUAGAGUAGGCUUUACAAAGCCAGUCUGAACACAAUCCAUUUCAGUUCAGCCCUUACAGCUCCAAACCACGAGGAAAAAAGUCAGCCUUCGCCUCUUCCAGUUAGAAACGCUAGUACCCAAGAAUCUGACUGGGCUGUUUGGAAAAAACUUUUCUGACUUUAAAUAUCUUCUUCAUAUUAAUUGAAAUAGCAAAAUGUCUAAAACUGCCCAAAGAGUUAACUCAAUGUUUCACACUCACCCAGGUGGCUCCUGUUUUGGAGACCUCAACUGACUGUUCUUACAAGCUGUGUGAGUGGCCAUGCUUGUCUAAGGAGGAUGAGGUGUGGUGGUGGUGGGGGGACGCCUCAAGGGCGGUGCCCUGGGGCUACGGAAGAAUGCAGGAAGGCAUGCUUCUGCAGUCAACAGCAGCAUCAUAUAUCCAUAUAUCUGCCGUAUCUCUAUAUAAUUUCAAAUUUAAAGCAAUAUAUAU